AUGGAUGAACAAAAGAAGGAAUAUGAGCGACUAAGGAAAAAGCUUCGAGAUGCGUUGCAAGAGAAGAAGCAGCUGGAGGCCAAGUGGGACGCUCUAGAACAGGAGAUAUACGAUAAAGAGACGGCAUAUCUCUCACAGAAACCAUCUUCACGGAUGGGAAAUAUUUUGAUGGGUUUCCAAGGAUUUAAUAAAAACAGUUCAGCUCAACAAAUACUAUCGGACCAUUCCCACUCGUCCCAUGCGCACACUUUGGACGACAACGACAGGAUAUUCUCGCUCAGUUCUGCACUCUUCGUUAAGCAAUUACAGGGAUCUGCUCCAGGCUCUGGAGCUCAAGAAGACGAGUGA